AUGCACUCACCAUAUUCACCAUCGGUUAAAAAGGAGCAAGGUGUAGCUCGAUCACAUAGUAAUAAGGAUACGGGUAUUGGAAACGGUAGUGAAUGUUCUUUAUUAACUCCACCAAAUUCACAAAAUUCUACCUCAUCUAUUGAUCAACAACAAAUUUUAACAUCACCAGCAACUCAACUGCUUAAACAACCCACUUCACCAGACUAUUAUCAAGCAAAUUUGAAUAAACCACAAUUUAAUUCCAUUUUGGUAUAUUGUACUUCAAAUUUACUUAAGAUUUUAUAUACCAAUCAUUCAACAAUACCAUUUGAUGAAAAACAAAUUAAAAUUUUCAUUAUAGAAGUUUUAAAAAGAUCCAAAACAUCAAUUCAAUCAUUACAAUUAACUUGUUUUUAUAUUUAUAAAUUAAUUAAUUCAUUUGCAAAUUCACAAGAAGAAAAAUCAGUUAAAAUAAGUGUUAAAAAUUUAUUUUUAGGCUUGAUCAUCAUUUCUUCAAAAUUUAAUCAAGAUUAUAAUUAUUCUUUCAAAUCAUGGUGUAAAAUUUGUGGAUUAAAUAUUGAAACACCAAUUAAAUUACAAGAAAAUAUUAAAAAUUUAAAACAAAUUGAAAUUUAUUUAAUUGAUUUAUUAAAAUUUGAAUUAUAUCUUAAUGGUGAUAAAUAUGAAAAUUGGUGUAAUAUUUUAUUUAUUUUUGGAUUUGAUUUUAUAAAAUAUCAAAAAUGUUUUAAUUCUGAAGUUAUAAUUGAAUGGGAUUUAGAUAUUAUUUCAAAUAAUGAAAAAUUAAAUAAAUGGUUUAAUUUUUUCCAAAAUUUAAAAAUUGAUAAUUUAAAUUUAAUUAAAAUUAGUUUUGAAUCUUUUUAUAAAUCUAAAAUUGGUGAUAAGAUAUUAUAUUUUAAUGAAUCUAAUGUAAAUAGGAAAAGAUGUUUUGAUGAUAAUUAUAAUGAUAAUACUAAUGAGCUUAAUCAAGUUAAAAAAGUUAAAGCUUGCUAA